AUGGCUCAGAGAAUAUCUAAAAAUCGUCAAGAUGCAUCUCAAGAAUAUAGAAAUUAUCUAGAUAAAUUAAGAACAAGUAAAACAGAAUUUUGGAAGUUAUGUAGAAGUGUAUCACCACCUUCAUGCACCUUAGAAGAUAUAAAAAAAAAAAAGAUGAUUAAACAGAGACGUUCUUAUUCAUAUUCUCCAUUAAAAGUAAAAAAGGAAAUAUCUAUACCAUACAAAAAUAAAGUUACAAUUAAUAACCAAAAUAGAAUAGAGAAGGAAAAUGAAAGUAAUAUAAAGGAGAUAAAAAAUUUAAAUGAAGAGAAAUUAGAGCCAGAUUUAAUAGUAACAGAAUUACAACUUGAUAUAUUAUAUGAAAGAUAUUAUGAAAGACUUUGUCGUAUAUGCAAGGCUCUAGAUUUAAAUGAUAUAUAUUCUGAAAAUAACUCAAUAUCUAUUAACUCUUUAGAUACACAUAAAAUAAAAGAGAUUUCACCGCAUGGUAGAAAGGGAAGAUUUGUAACAUCUUUCAAACAAUGUAUAGAUAAAAAUUUAGGAAAAGACCUUUUAUUUAUGGAGAGUGCUUCCCAAUGGUCAAAAUGUCUAAGAGAAGAUAAAGAGAAGUUAAUAUCUACAAAAACAAGAGCAUUAACUAGUGCCACUCAAAAUAGGAAAGAUAUAGUUAACAAAUUUGAAUUAAUCACAGCAAGAAAAAAUUUUAGUAUAGCAUCUUCAAAAGAUAAACCUGACAAUCAACAAUCUAUUAUAACAAAUGCUUUUUUAACAAAUAAAGAUAUAGUACAAAAUCCCCUUAAUUCUCUUUUCAAUUUAUAA